CGAAGAAACCCCCCGAUGGAUCCCACCGCACAGCGCCAAGACCAGCUCUACAAGAAGAAGACGAGCGAGCGAGAGAGAGAGAGACAGAGAGAGAGACUUUGGAGAUCGCUUGUUGCCCCAGAAAACCAGAGGAAAGCGAGGAUGGUGGGAGGGAGGCUCGGAGAGACAAUAGGGGUGAGAGAAGAGCUUAUCAAGAAAGCCUGCUCUCUUGAUCUAAAAGCUCACAAAACCGCUUCCGGAAAGCCAUAUCUCUGCGAGAAAAGCCGCGGGUCAUCGGAAGCGAUUUUCAGCUUUUCAGGUUCGUGGACUGCGGAAGAUUGGUUCAGCGGCAAGUCUUUCGGGGGAACGGGUCCGGAGGACGAUCUCGGGCUGUUUCCUUCUCUCCGGAGCAUUGGCACCGGGGAAGUGGCUGUGGUGAACCGAGCGUUUCUGGCUAGAUUCCAAGCCAUUCUCAGAACUUCGUCGUUGGAAAAAAAGGUCAACAAAGCAGCACGAGAGGGGAAGCAUAUAGUAUUCACAGGGCAUUCGUCCGGUGGUCCAGUGGCUAUUCUUGCAACCCUUUGGUUCUUAGAGCAGUACCCGAGGCCAAACAGCAGCAGCCAAAAUCGACCUGUGUGUGUAACUUUCGGGUCUCCACUAGUUGGUAAUUGGAUUUUUCCACACGCACUCAGAAGGGAGAACUGGGAUGAUUUCUUCAUACAUUUCAUCAUGAGGUAUGACAUUGUUCCUCGGUUGAUGCUGGCCCCUCUUUCAUCUUUGGGACAACAAUUGCAGCCGAUGCUCCAGUCUUUCAAUCCAAAACCGCCAUUGUUUGGGCAUGAUUCCGCUGCAAUGUCGACGGAAUUCUUCAUGAUGGUGAUGAGGAGUGCAUCGUCUGUUGCAAGCCACGCUGCUUGCAAAACAAUGGGCUGCACAAAUUCAUUGCUUGAAACCGUAACGGGUUUCGUUGAACUUAGCCCUUACAGGCCAUUUGGUACCUGUAUCUUUUGCACCGGCGACGGAAAACUGGUGGUCGUGAAGAACCCGGAUGCAGUGCUGCAACUAUUGUUCUAUAGUUCUCAGUUGACCUGCAUGGAAGAAGGUGGGCAGGUUGCUUAUGACACUUUAAAGGAGCAUCUGGAUAAAAGUUUAAAUGAGCAUCUGGGCUAUGCAGCUGAGUUGCAAGAAAGCUUAGAAAUGCAAAAUGUGGUUUACCUGGAUAACAAUCAUCUCAGAGAGCUUCCUCUGUCUUCCAAUGGCAGCCCUCAGGGUGAGACAGCAACAAUUGGCACAGCCUUGAACGAUCUUGGUCUAAGCACAAGAGCCAGGUUGUGUCUUCGUGCUGCUGGAGAAUUACAGGCACAAAAGCAGAAGAACCAAGAGAAGAUAAAUUCUAACAAAGACAAGAUUGAAGAAAGACUGAAAAGCAUCCGAGAAUAUUACCAACGUGAAGCUCGUGGAGUUGGUUAUUAUGAUGCCUUCAAACUUCAGAACGACAGCCGGGACUUCCUUGCCAAUGUGAAUAGGUUGGAGCUAGCAGGCAUGUGGGAUGAGAUCAUUGAAAUGCUGAAAAGGCAUGAACUUCCAGAUGGAUUCGAGUGCCAGAAAGAGUGGAUAGAGUUGGGAACCGAGUACAGGCGGUUGGUAGAGCCGCUAGACAUUGCCAACUACUAUCGACACUUGAAAAAUGAAGACACUGGACCAUACUUGAUCAAUGCUAGGCCAAAGCGUUAUAGAUACACCCAAAGGUGGCUUGAACACGCCGAAAGAAUGCCACAAGGAUCUAGCUCAGAAUCCUGCUUUUGGGCUACGGUGGAGGAUUUGAAGAGCGGCAAUAGGCCAUUUGCAGACAUGAAAGAGGAGAUUCUGCAUUUAGAGAACAAUAUGUCUAAAUGGUUCAAACGUGGCAGUGAUGUCUUUUUGGCCGAGUCAACAUUUUCCAUGUGGUGGAAUAAGCUCCCUGACCAACAUAGGAAGCAAUCUCGCCUUAGAGAUUUUGUGAACAUACCAAAAGAACCUUAAUCCAGGAUAGAGGCAUUUUGUUUAAAAAUGAUCUGGAUUAUCAGAGAGAGCUAAAAUCCAGAUUUUACUCUCCCUUUUAACUUAAAAAAUUCAUAUGAAAAUAAUAAGAUGCUCUGAGCCAUUAUGCAUGCAAACCUUUGUCUUUCUCACAGAAUAUAUUACCACUUCAGCAAAUGAGAGGGAAACAGCUUUUUGUCAUUUU